AAACGGUCUGUCAACUGAAAACAUUGUGUUCGUCUAAUAAGUGAAUAAGUUUUCCGAUUUGUUGUGUUAAAAUCCGUAAAAAUGAAUCCGUAUUGGUGGAGCCAAUAUUCGAUGCCGCCAAGUCACUUUGGGCCGCAAUACUAUCACCCGUUUGCGGUGCCUCCGCCACCGGUUGAGGUACCACCAACAAAACCAUCGUAUGCUGCCGAACCUGAAAACAAAUUGAAAGAGGCGACGAAUAAUGGACGGACGGGUAAAGUGCCGGCGCAGGAUCUCCAGAUCUCGAAGAGAAGACACAGACGAUUGAAACGGCCAACACAAGCAAUUCCACAGAAAUCGCAGACCGAUCAACGAAAAGCGCCAUUCGUACCAGAAAAACGUUGCACGAUACCCGAACAUGCUGUAGUGAGUCGAGUAGUUGCUGGAAAGCAACGACAACGCAGCAAAAAUCGAAUUCGACGAAAGGCCCAAGUGGAAACUAACCGAGUCAUUGAACCAUCAACAAAAACGAAACAGGGUUUUCCCACAAACAACGGAGCCGCGGUAUCAAAUAUUCGUGAAAAUAUUGAGCGAUUCCAAAAUCGAGUGAAUAAGCAGGGUAGCCAAAACGAUAAUUCGCAACAUGUAAGACGUGAGCAACCGAUGAUGCAGCAGCAGUUGGUGGUGGCUGUGAUGGCCAUUGCAAUGGCACUGCAACCCGCUGCAGUUGCAAUAGAUGGAAUACAAUUAGACUAAAUUAGUAAUGAGAAUAUAGGUCGU